GGUGACGACACGGCUGGGCUGAACAUGGCGGAAGAGGGAGAGCUGCGUUAGAGGAGAGAGAGAGAGCUGGGCUGAGUAGAGGAAUGUGAAGCUGGGGAGGAGAGGGACGCUCCGGUAUGGCUGACGAAACGCUAACACUCCUGAUCAAGCUUCUGGCUGCAGCUUUCUACGGCGUUAGCUCUUUCCUGAUAGUAGUUGUGAAUAAGAGCGUCCUGACAAACUACAGGUUUCCCUCUUCGAUAUGUCUCGGUAUUGGCCAGAUGCUGGCCACUGUGCUGGUGUUAUGGGUGGGAAAGGCACUCAGGGUGAUCACCUUUCCAGAGUGGGACCUCAGCAUACCCAGAAAGACAUUUCCUCUACCUCUUCUAUAUGUAGGGAAUCAAGUAACUGGACUGUUUGGAACAAAAAGGCUAAAUUUACCAAUGUUUACAGUUUUAAGGAGGUUUUCCAUUCUUUUCACAAUGCUGGCUGAGGGGCUCUUGUUAAAGAAGAAAUUUUCUCAGCCAGUCCAGCUCACUGUUUUUACAAUGAUUCUUGGGGCUUUUGUAGCUGCAAGUGCUGACCUGUCAUUUGACAUGCAAGGGUAUGUGUUCAUCUUACUGAAUGAUGUUUUAACUGCUGCAAAUGGGGCAUUUGUGAAACAGAAGCUUGACUCUAAGGAGCUGGGAAAAUAUGGUCUACUCUAUUACAAUGCUUUAUUUAUGAUCCUGCCAACACUGCUUUUGGCACACGUCAUGGGAGACAUAGACAAGGCUCUGGAUUAUGAUGGCUGGUCAGACAUGCUCUUUGUUGCACAGUUCACCAUGUCUUGCAUAAUGGGGUUUAUUUUAAUGUACUCCACUGUGCUGUGCACUCAGUACAACUCUGCAUUAACAACUACUAUUGUUGGGUGCCUGAAAAACAUAUUAGUGACUUACAUUGGGAUGGUGUUUGGAGGGGAUUAUAUUUUCUCAUGGACUAACUUCAUUGGGCUGAACAUCAGUAUUGCUGGAAGUCUGGUGUACUCCUACAUAACGUUCACAGAGGAACAGACCGCCAAACAGGGAGAGAGCAUCAACAAACUGGAGGUGAAGGGGAAAGUGGCUGUAUGACCAGCGAUUCAACACUCCACAGGUACAAGGGAACUGUACCUGUUAAAAUUCAAUGCAAGGUUUAGUAAUGUGUAAUAUGUGAAAACCAGCCUAUUCAGAAAGAAAUGUCAGCAGGGAAGGAUGCUACCCUCCUGACUAAUGGUAGGGAAGAAGACGGAACAUAUGUGGUGGACGGCUCAAAACAAUCUCAAGCUCAAAUAAUCUCAAAUACAGGGUGGUUGCAGGAUUGUGCUGCAGCGAGCAUGAAUGUUAAAGCUGUAUAUUUUUUUAGUCAUGCUGUUUUGGGAUCUCUUUUGGUGUUUGAAAUCAAGGUGAUCAAUAGAAGAAUCUGAAAGUUUUUGGUACAAACUGAGCAAGGACUGCUGUUCCGUUAAGUGGAGAAGUGAUCAGUCCUGAUGACCUCCAGCCCCUUGCCUUUAUGUACAGUGUUCUGAUGCACUGCCUCUCUUUUUUUUUUUUUUUGCCUUUUUUUACACAUAUAUUUUUGUCCCCGUAAAAGGUGUUGAACUAGUUUGAAAGGUCAUUAUUUAUUGUCAAAUCUUUUUGAAAUAGUUUUUGUACUUCUUUUUUGAUUCUGCAAAGGGAGAUGUGUACUGUAUUUUGAAACAUUUUUGGGUAUGCUCAAAACAUAUAUUUUUUAUUUUAUUGUAAAACUACAGAAAUAUUCCCCAAGUUCUUAGAAUAUAUUAUGCCAUCUAUAUACACAGACACAUUAUGAAUAUCAUGAUACUAAGAGAUGAUCAUAAUAUUCUAAACCAUUGAAUAAUGUGUAUGUGAAGGUGCCACAUACCUACUCUCAGUAUUAUGAAGGUUUCUUCUGACAUUUCACAAAAUAUUUCAACUCUGUUUUUGUUUCAUUUUUCUGUUUUUUAUAUUUGCUGCAGGGGCUGACAUGCAGUAACAUGUUUUUGUACUGAUGCCCUGUUAUGGUAUUCUCUUUUUUACAUUUCAAAGUGAACAGUGUAGUUAUUGCACUUUAACAGUUUACUGGUAUUUCACAGUGUAAAUUAAAGAAGUUGUUACUUGUUAAAUUGUUGACUAACUCAACUGCCUUAGUUUUAGAACUAUAACUGAGUAAUAAGUAAGAAAUGCAGAGAGAUAUUUAUAUUAAUGGUACUUUUUUGAACCAGUUCAAAAUGUAAAGAUGUGUUCAGGGGUUUUGUCAAAUGAAUCUAGAUGUUAUACAUCUGGAAUAUCCUUUGUAACUUUGAAUGUAUGCAGUGCAUGUAUUUUCACCAACAUGUAAUUUUCACAUAGACUAUUGAUUAAUGCAUAGCAACAUUGGUGAAACACAGGCUUACUUCUGCUGAAGGGCUGUUAAACUUGACAUGGAUGUGUAAACACUUUCAAUGUUUUAAAGAUGUGUGGGUUUAGACAAACCUGUGCAUUUUGUUCUUGUUUGGUCAGAGUUGUAAAGUUCAAGAUCACAACGUAUUGUGACAGUCAGCAUUUCUAUUUACGGUAAUCACUUUUUUAUUAUUUUUCUGUUCAGUUCAUGUCUGCAGAGGCUCAGUGAUUGUAUCAGUGAGAAUCUGAGCUUGUAUGCAUUUAGAAAUUAAAAUACCUCAUUGUUGUGUUUA